GGUCUGGGCGACCUGAGGGCGGGGCCGGCAGCAGGCCCCGGGCUGUGGGAAGGGUACGCUUCCCGCGGGCGCGCGGAGUGAGGACGGUGACAGCCACGCGCGUGCGUACGCGCCUGACUGCAGCGCGGCCCCGCGACCCUAGUCGGCCGCUGAGAGGCGCGCGGAGUCUGGGCCGCUGCCGUCUAGGGUUCCCGUCCCGAGGCGUCCCCGGCAUCUCCGGCCCGAAUCCCGGAGUGCCAGGUCGCGCCUGCACCGACCUGCAGCCGUCAGGGCCCGCCCCCCAACUCCCCUUUCCGCCCGGGCAGGGUCCUCGCGGCCCAUGCUGGCCGCUGGGGACCCGCGUAGCCCAGACCGUUCCCGGGCCGGUCAGCCGGCCACCAUGGUGGCCCUGAGGCCUGUGCAGCAACUCCAGGGGGGCUAAAGGGCUCAGAGUGCAGGCCGUGGGGCGCGAGGGUCCCGGGCCUGAGCCCCGCGCCAUGGCCGGGGCCAUCGCUUCCCGCAUGAGCUUCAGCUCUCUCAAGAGGAAGCAACCCAAGACGUUCACCGUGAGGAUCGUCACCAUGGACGCCGAGAUGGAGUUCAAUUGCGAGAUGAAGUGGAAAGGCAAGGACCUCUUUGAUUUGGUGUGCCGGACUCUGGGGCUCCGAGAAACCUGGUUCUUUGGAUUGCAGUACACAAUCAAGGACACAGUGGCCUGGCUCAAAAUGGACAAGAAGGUACUGGAUCAUGAUGUUUCAAAGGAAGAACCAGUCACCUUUCACUUCCUGGCCAAAUUUUAUCCUGAGAAUGCCGAAGAGGAGCUGGUUCAGGAGAUCACACAACAUUUAUUCUUCUUACAGGUAAAGAAGCAGAUUUUAGAUGAAAAGAUCUACUGCCCUCCUGAGGCUUCUGUGCUCCUGGCUUCUUACGCCGUCCAGGCCAAGUAUGGUGACUACGACCCUAGUGUUCACAAGCGGGGAUUUUUGGCCCAAGAGGAAUUGCUUCCAAAAAGGGUAAUAAAUCUGUAUCAGAUGACUCCGGAAAUGUGGGAGGAGAGAAUUACUGCUUGGUAUGCAGAGCACCGAGGCCGAGCCAGGGAUGAAGCUGAAAUGGAAUAUCUGAAGAUAGCUCAGGACCUGGAGAUGUAUGGUGUGAACUACUUUGCAAUCCGGAAUAAAAAGGGCACAGAGCUGCUGCUUGGAGUGGAUGCCCUGGGGCUUCACAUUUAUGACCCUGAGAACAGACUGACCCCCAAGAUCUCCUUCCCGUGGAAUGAAAUCCGAAACAUCUCGUACAGUGACAAGGAGUUUACUAUUAAACCACUGGAUAAGAAAAUUGAUGUCUUCAAGUUUAACUCCUCAAAGCUUCGUGUUAAUAAGCUGAUUCUCCAGCUAUGUAUCGGGAACCAUGAUCUAUUUAUGAGGAGAAGGAAAGCUGAUUCUUUGGAAGUUCAGCAGAUGAAAGCCCAGGCCAGGGAGGAGAAAGCUAGAAAGCAGAUGGAGCGGCAGCGCCUCGCUCGAGAGAAGCAGAUGAGGGAGGAGGCUGAACGCACGAGGGAUGAGUUGGAGAGGAGGCUUCUGCAGAUGAAAGAAGAGGCAACAAUGGCCAACGAAGCACUGAUGCGGUCUGAGGAGACAGCUGACCUGUUGGCUGAAAAGGCCCAGAUCACCGAGGAGGAGGCAAAACUUCUGGCCCAGAAGGCCGCAGAGGCUGAGCAGGAAAUGCAGCGCAUCAAGGCCACGGCCAUUCGCACGGAGGAGGAGAAGCGCCUGAUGGAGCAGAAGGUGCUGGAAGCCGAGGUGCUGGCACUGAAGAUGGCUGAGGAGUCAGAGAGGAGGGCCAAAGAGGCAGAUCAGCUGAAGCAAGACCUGCAGGAAGCGCGUGAGGCGGAGCGAAGAGCCAAGCAGAAGCUCCUGGAGAUUGCCACCAAGCCCACAUACCCGCCCAUGAACCCAAUUCCAGCACCGUUGCCUCCUGACAUACCAAGCUUCAACCUCGUUGGUGACAGCCUGUCUUUCGACUUCAAGGAUACUGACAUGAAGCGGCUUUCCAUGGAGAUAGAGAAAGAAAAAGUGGAAUACAUGGAAAAGAGCAAGCAUCUGCAGGAGCAGCUCAAUGAACUCAAGACAGAAAUCGAGGCCUUGAAACUGAAAGAGAGGGAGACAGCUCUGGAUAUUCUGCACAAUGAGAACUCCGACAGGGGUGGCAGCAGCAAGCACAAUACCAUUAAAAAGCUCACCUUGCAGAGCGCCAAGUCCCGAGUGGCCUUCUUUGAAGAGCUCUAGCAGGUGACCCAGCCACCCCAGGACCUGCCACUUCUCCUGCUCCCGGGACCGCGGGAUGGACCAGAUACCAAGAGAGCCAUCCAUAGGGAGCUGGCUGGGGGUUUCUGUGGGAGCUCCAGAACUUUCCCCAGCUGAGUGAAGAGCCCAGCCCCUCUUAUGUGCAAUUGCCUUGAACUACGACCCUGUAGAGAUUUCUCUCAUGGCGUUCUAGUUCUCUGACCUGAGUCUUUGUUUUAAGAAGUAUUUGUCUUCCUUUGUCUAAUGUGGGAUUCCUGACUCCCUUCGUCCAAGGCACCCUGGUGUGUGUGUGUCUUGCACUCCAGAGCUGACCUCCAAUGCCCGGCCUGGGAAGUCAUUGUAGGGAGUGAGAUACUGAAUCCCUGAGAAGCCAGUGCCAUCAUCCCCACCCAGCCCAGGGUUCCGGAACAUUCAUUCCCCCACGGGUGAGGACCUGGCAUGCAGUGAAGCAGCCCAGCCCGGCGGAUCCCAGGCCCAGCACGCCUGCCGGCUUCUCAUCGUCAGGGAGCCCUCCCAGAGCUCGUGACGAGCAAGUGCUGGGUCCCCGCCAGGCACCCCGAGGUGGCGUUCUGGCUGGCAGCUGGUGGGGAAUAGGCAGGGCAGCUGUGGCUGGGGAGAGACUUUAGGCAGAAGCUGUGAUGCAGGCUGACUGCCAGCCAAGGGGCUGGGUAGUGCCGUGCGGGAGCUGAUGGUACAGGGCACUCGCUGUCCCCCUCCGGCCACCCUAGACCAGGGUCCAAGAGGCAGGCAGGAGCCACUCAUGUCUUCCCCAUUGCCCGACGCCCAAUGAUGCUGUGUGGGGCUGGGGCACUCCCUGGUCGUACUGUAGUCAGUACCCGUAACCCGACUAUGACCAGGGAUCCGUAAGCCCUGUGACUCCACAGGUGUUGCUUCUCACUGGCCCAGUCUGCACGGCCCAUCUGCUUCACCUUCCCUCCCAGCCACGUGCCAGUGGCCACAGGCCACUUCCCAGCCCACUGUUGUACUCAGGCCUCACUUUGCUGUUGCCCUUGUCCCUCUUCGGGCCCUGAAUUUUCUGUUCCCUGAGGGCCAGCCAGGGCCCUUUGUGCCCCUCCCAGCACAGGCCCGAUGCAGGUGUCCACUCACAGGUGGCACUCACCUAGGCUGUCACAGGACCCACCUCCAUGCCAGGCAACAGAGGGCCACAGAACCACCCCCACAGCUCACUCCGUGGUCUGGGGCCACCUUCUUGCCCUUUCUUUUUUUUUUGAGAUGGAGUCUCUCUCUGUCACCCAGGUGGGAGUGUGGUGACACACUCUCGGCUCACUGCAACCUCCACCUCCUGAGUUCAAGCAAUUCUCCUGCCUCAGCCUCCCAAGUAGCUGGGAUUACAGGCAUGCACCAUCACACUUGGCCAAUGUUCUGUAUUUUUAAUAGGGACGGGAUUUUGCCAUGUUAGCUAGGCUGGUCUCAAACUCACACCUGAGAUUACAGGCGUGAGCCACCGCACCCAGCCCCUUCUUGCCCUUUCUUUUCUCCAUGGCUGAUGCUGCUGUGGCCAGCCAGGGCCCUUGAGAUCCUUCCAGUUUGGCUGUUAUGCAAAGCAAGUGAUUUGUCUUAAUCAGAUAAAACAUGGAGGCUAUGGGGGCCUCAAGAUUUUUGGAGAGCAGAGGUGGUCUCUGGCAAUUCCAUCUGGUUUUGAGAAACUUAGCAGCUCACAGAGCACAGAGAUCCUGCCUUCUUCCCACUGUCAGGCUGACCUAAUGGGGUUGGGCUGCUCGGCAACUGCUUGGGUCACCUUGCCCCAAGGAAACCAGCCCUGGGUGCCACCCAGCCACUUAGGGUCUACAGGGUGGGACUCCAGACCUAGAGCAUAAGUAUGGAUGCUGUGGCCCUGUGUCUUCCUAGUGUGACCCAGCCAGGAGCAGAAGCUUCAGGCGUUUGUAAAGUGAGGUCUGGCUCUGCCUCCUCUUGUUUUUUUUUUUUUCUGUUUCUGUUUUUUUUUUUUUUUUUGAGAUGGAGUCUCACUCUGUCGCCCAGGCUGGAGUGCAGUGUUGCGAUCUCAGCUCACUGCAACCUCCACCUCCCAGGUUCAAGAGAUUCUCCUGCCUCAGCCUCCCGAGUAGCUGGGACUACAGGCGUGUGCCACCACGCCUGGCUAAUUUUUGUAUUUUUAGUAGAGAUGGGGUUUCGCCAUGUUAGCCACACUGGUCUCGAACUCCUGACCUCAGGUGAUCCUCCCGCUCCGGCUUCCCAAAGUUCUGGGAUUAUAGGCAUGAGCCACCGUGCCUGGUCUCUUCUCAGUCUUGAAGCCCAUCCCUGGAUUUCCACCGGGAGUUACUUUCCUCCUGACCUGUAAAUUUGUUCUUUAACAAUGGCUGCAGGCGGGAGCAUAUGGUGGUUUAUAAAAACGCUAUCGGGCUUUGUUUCCUUCUUUAGCUGCCGUGUGUACUUCUGAAGUCUGGGAAGUGCCAAGCCACGCGGCCUCAAGGGAGCUGGCUGGUGUUUGAGCUCCCAGGUGGCAGAAGCACCUGGGGCUCCAGGGAGCAGGCUGGGAACUGCAGGACCUUGCUCGGCCAGGAGCAUCUCAAGCCCCAGUAGCAGGAGAAAGAAAGAAAGAGAUGCCUGGUUUUCACAGACUGGUUCCUAUGGCUGGCAUGACUGCAUCCUUUUUUUUUUUUUUUUUUUUGAGACGGAGUUUUUGCCCUUUUUGCCCAGGCUGGAGUGCAAUGGCGUGAUCUCGGCUCACCACAACCUCCGCCUCCCGGAUUCAAGCAAUUCUCCUGCCUCAGCCUCCCGAGUAGCUGGAAUUACAGGCACGCACCUCCACCUCCGGCUAAUUUUGUAUUUUUAGUAGAGACGGGGUUUCUCCAUGUGGGUCAGGCUGGUCUCGAACUCCCGACCUCAGGUGAUCUGCCCACCUCGGCCUCCCAAAGUGCUAGGAUUACAGGCAUGAGCCACCGCGCUUGGCCAGACUGCGUCCUUUUUAAGCGAACAUUUUAGGGCCUGGGAGCUUGUCAAGUAAGGAAGUCUCAAGCCCAUAGAGCGGCGUCCUGACCAUGGUGGUUUCAUUACGAGCCCUUCUGCUGGCUCUCAGGCAGAAGCCCCAUGGCACCGGGACCAUUCAUGAGGUCACUGCCCAGCUCAUGAUGUCCGUGAGGCUGUCCUUUUGGCCAGUAGCCGUGUGCAGCUGUGUGGCACAGACGGCUUCGUUCAUCCUGAUCAAGGCCCCACCUCAGCCACAGCAGUCCCCCCAACCUGUGUCGUCCACCCUAUUAUUCAUGUACCCGCCAGGCCCUGCUAGACAGCACCCCGUGGCAUUACAUAACACUUCAUGAGUGGCUGUGUCUUGUAAUUUUGGGGACAGGUUUCUCUCUUUCCCUCUUUUUUUUUUCAAAAGCCCAGAGACUGACAACCAGCUGCAGUGUCUAAGUGUUCCUCACUGACAGGGUGGGGCCUCACCGCCCCUGGAGGGAGUAGCCUUGGCAGGGAGACAGCCUGGCCCAGUGACCCUGGGCCCAAGCCAGCCCCUCCAGGGCUUUCAGGGAAGCGCCAUCCAUUUUCAAAGAUGUCAAACGUCACUUCUUCCUGUAGGGCCCGAGUCCUGCCUCCUGUCAGGGCCAGAUCAUAGAAGGCUAUUUUCUAUUCUGGGGAACGAUUGUAACUUAAAUGAUUGUUUUAAUAAAAAUUCUAAGCUGGAGAA